UGAUGCUGUGUGCUCAGCCCAUGGAGGCCUCCAUCCAGGAGACGAUAAAGCUUCCAGUCCUCCCGGAGGAGAAUGAGGAUCCCGUGCCAGAGGAGCUCCUGUGUUGCAUCUGCAAACAACUCAUGAUUGAUGCUGCGCUGAUCCCCUGCUGCGGAAACAGCUACUGUGAUAACUGCAUUAGGGCAGCCCUUCUGGAGUCACCUAAGCAGACAUGCCCCACCUGUGAGCAGUCUGAUGUAUCUCCAGAUUCAUUGAUUCCUAAUAAAUCCUUGCGGCUGGCUCUCAAUAACUUCCAAAACGGUAAAGGCUACACCAGACUGAAACGCAAGCAUCUGUCUUCAGCACCUUUCACACCUGCGCCCAAAGCAGCAAAGAUCCAUCGGCCAGCUGCAGGAGUGCCUCUUUCCCCACUCUUCAUCUCUACAGCAGCCAUUGUUCCACAGCAGGCCUCUGGCGAGUAGCUGCCUUCCUCUACCAAGAACAUCUCCCUGGAAAGCAGCAACAUUUACAGCAAA